AUGCCCUCCCCACCGACCGGGAACGGCACUGGUAGCAACAACAAUAACAACAACAGCCGCACUCCACGCCCCCGACCUUCCAAAAACAAAUCCUCCACCUCGUCGUCGUCCCGCCGCGGCAGAAGACCCGGCGGCGGCGGCGCAACGCUCUUCUCGAGCCAGUUCCGGCUCAACAGGCAGCGGACCGAGACCGAGGCGCUGCUGGCGACGCAGCACGACGAGGAGGACUUUGCCGACAGCGACGGCCUGUACCCGCCGCACUGCACGUGGACGAGUCUCCAGCAGGAGCGGCUGAACGGGCGCCCGCCGCCCGAGGCCGACCCGUUCGGCAACACUCAUUGUAAUGUCUAUGAGAAUAUUCAUCGUAUACGGCGGGAUAUUGUCACGAGUAUCGAUGACCCUUAUUCUCUCGACCAGCUCAAAGCCCCGCGGAUGAACAUCUCGGUCGUGCGGCCCUUGGUCGAUUCUCUCUACGAGACAAAUGACCUAUCCAUCGUGUACUGCCUCCUCGUCAACCGGAUGCAAUUUAUCCGCGAACAAUCCUUCGCGACACACCAUCAAACGGUCAACCUCACGCGCGCACUUCUGUGUGAGCUCGUCGCGGAGAAGAUCCUCCGGCGAUACAAUGAACACAAUCCAGGGCCGAAGGGCCUGCUCAAAUUGGCAAACAUCCUGGUGGCAGGCUUUGAGCCCUUCCAAGGUGCUCCCGACGAGGUGACCAAGCAGAGCCAGCACGCGAUGCAUUACUGGGCAGCCCAGCACACAUCCAAGUCGGGUAAGGUGGAGAGGAAAUUGACAGCGCUGGAAGUUGCUAUUGUCAGCGCCAGCAAGUCCUUCCUGGCAAGCAGCGCGUGCCAGAAGGUGGUCGACGCCAUCUACCGUGGCAAGGUGGUGUACACACCCACCAGUUUCAUCGACAUCAUACCCGACCACUGGAAGAAGAGACCCAUCUCGCUCUACGAUCCCCGACGAGCCCCGUUGCUGAACCAGUACCGAUUGAUCGUGCCGCGGACCAGGAACCUGAUCGAGGUGUGUCAGUUUAUCAUCUUGCUGGCUCUGUACAUCGCGGUCAUGGCGGGGAGGGAGAACCGGAUGAAUACUGCCUAUGAGGUUCUCGAGCUGGUAUUUGACGUUUAUGCUGCCGGUUGGGUGCUCGAUCAAUUCGCAUCGAUACUCGAACAUGGUUGGGGCGUCUACACCCAGAACUUAUGGUCGUUCCUCGAUGUCAUGUUCUCGACAAUAUUCCUCAUAUACCUGGUCUUGCGGAUCUACGCCUUUUCGAUUGUCGACGAGGAAAAGUCCACUGAUUUCGCCCGGACGGCGCUUGACAUCCUCAGUUGUGGCGCUCCAGUUCUAAUUCCCCGGCUCGCAUUUAACAUCAUGUCGGAAAACAUGCUCUUUCUCUCGUUGAGGGCGAUGAUGUCUGAUUUUCUGACAUUGACUGCGCUAGCCGUGUGGUGCUUUGCGGGUUUCCUCUUGAGCCUCAAGUGGCUGCACGCUGGCGCUCACCAGGCUGUGACGAUCGGGGAGUGGAUGAUUUGGAUUUGGUUCGGUCUAGAUGGGACCGGCAUUGAUCAAUCCCCAGAUUUCCAUUGGCUUCUCGGACCUCUGUUGAUGGUCUUGUUCGCGUUCCUGGGCAAUACAUUGUUCCUGACGGUUCUGGUCUCCAUGUUGACGAACACAUUCAGCGGCAUCGUGGGAAAUGCUGUUCAAGAAAUCCAAUUUCGACGAGCUGUCUUGACUUUCGAAGGGGUCAAGUCGGACGCCAUCUUUGCGUACAUGCCCCCAUUCAACAUCCUUGCACUGAUCGUCAUGCUCCCUCUGAAGUGGGUACUUUCCGACCGCAUGUUCCACAAGGUCAACGUCACCGCCGUCAGAGUUAUCAACCUGCCGAUGUUGCUGCUUGUUGCAUGGUACGAAAGGAGGACACUGUGGAUGUCUGACAAGCGGAAGAUUUCGAGCGGGAAAAAAAUUGAUUGGAAGCAUCCCGGCGGGCCUCGAGCGACACCGGCACAAUACUGGGCUCUCUCACGGUUUAGUGUACAUGGAGAUAUCCACGCAGUAUUCGACAUCGACCCGCCACAGUCAGUGCUGGACAAGAUAGCCGAAGAGGAUCACCUGAACCAUAGCGACGACAUGGGAAUCCUAUCCAACACCAAAUUGCAGGAUCAAUUCACGCAUUUAUCGGAAGAGAGGAGAGCCAGCCAGACAGCGAACCAGGCAAUUGAUCCGAACCGAAGGGCAUCGGUGGCUUCGCAAGCAACAAAAACCCAAAGAAGAGAGUCACACUCGGACCAAAAAUUGAAAAAUGAGUUUCAUGAUACGAGUGAUGAGGCGAAGGACGAAGAACAGCAUCCGCCCGGGCACCGAAAAAUACAGAAGCGUCAAAGAAUUGAUUCGCUGGUUGACUUGAGCGGAGAUCACGACGGUCGGCUGCUGGAGGCGACCGCCAGACUGCACAAGAUAGAAGAAGCCCUGGAGAGAAUGGAGGCCAUGAUUUCCCAGCUGAUCGGCGGAGAGGCGAGCAGCGAGAACAGCGAGGGACGGGAAGAGCUCGCCUCGGAGAUGCGGGACAACUCGAUCCCGUGA